CACGCGCAUCCGUCUGCAUUUGUCGUCGUCCCGUCGGCGCCCCUCGGCUUAAGCGCGUCAACGCGCUCGUGCAACUGUUCGCGCGUUCGUCGUCGUCGUCUUCGCUCCACAGCUGGCUCCGAUGCUGUUUUCCCAUACUCCCUCCCUCUGCGAAAGCGCUGACGGCACUGGCCCACUGCCAGUCGGUGCGGUGAUUUGGGUAUCAAUUUGUUUGCCUCAAUAUAUCGCGAAAUGAAAACACGAAUGAACGCAGAUGUAUAAAAAUAAAUGUGUUUUCGUACCCUUUGUCACGAUGACCACCGAUCAAGACAAUAAAUGUGUUCGUACCUUUACUCAAAAUUCUUUGUCACCUCUUUGUCGUGUGCUGCAAAGCUUGGCUGGGCAUCCACCUUCAUAGGGUGGAAUGGCUCAUGAUUUUUUAUUGUUUGCUGUUACUAUUAUUAGUUUAGACGUGUAAUAUUUUUAUUGUACAGAUCCCUCGUCGAGUCUCACGCACAAGUUCGUAGUUGGUGCGCCAACGUACCAACGUCGCAUACGCUAGCGCCAUUAAACGCUAAUGACAACAAACACGGUGGCUAGAAGUUAUAACGUUACUAUGGCGAUGGCUGUCGCUUAGCAACGGCUUGGUUUCGUUUCUCACGCACCUUGAGUACACUUGAGCGGCGUGCGCCGUGCAUUAUGUCGGAAUCGGAAGGACUCUGGCAAGAUCGAGAUAUCAGGUUCGAUAUCUCAAACCAAGACCUCCAAUACGGUGCUGGAGAAGAACAGGUUGACAGGCUUCCGAAUGUGGAAGACACCAAAGGAAACAGCGGAGAUAAAGGAACAUUGUAUGUCACCAACCUACGGAUUAUCUGGCAAUCUCUUGCUAGGCCAAGAGUAAACUUGUCUGUGGGAUUCAACUGUGUGACAGGAAUAUCAACGAGAACUGUGAACUCUAAAUUAUGCGGAAUCGCCGAAGCGCUCUACAUCAUGACUAAGUCCAACAGCACCCGCUACGAAUUCAUAUUUACCAACCUGAGCCAGAUCAUGGAGCAACCGCGUCUUAUAGCAUCUGUCCUCAACACAUUCAAGGCGUACAGUGCCACCAAGCUGUACCGUGACUUGCACCUGCGUGCCGCACUACUGCACAACCGUCAGCUGCGACUCCUACCCAUGGAGCAGCUGUGCAGCCAGGUGAACGGCGUCUGGAACCUGUCCAGCGACCAGGGUAACCUGGGGACCAUGCACGUUACCAACGUGCGCAUCGUCUGGCAUGCCAACAUGAACGAGUCUUUCAACAUCAGCUUGCCCUACCUGCAAGUGGCCGCCAUCAAAACACGGGAAUCAAAGUUUGGAACAGCGCUUGUCAUUGAGACAACGGACAGGAGUGGUGGCUAUGUGCUCGGGUUCAAAGUGGACCCUGUGGAGCGACUGCAGCACAUCUACAAAGAGCUGUCUAGCCUCCUGAAAGUACACAAGGUCAAGCCAAUCAUGGGAGUGGAUGUCUUCAUGCAGAAGCAGACGGCAGACGAGGAGGCCAUGACCCAAGACGCAGGUCCUGAAAUGCAAGACGAGCCCGAGGUGAACAGCGCGGAUGGAACUCACUAUGACGCCUUUGCUGCCUACCUGGCAGACGGUGGUCACAAUCGUGACCGUGAGGUUGUGCUGAGCCCCGAGCUAGGUCUUGCUGUGGAAAAAUUACCCGAAGGUUUCACACUCGCUAGCCUCUGGGAAGUGCUGCCACCUUCGUCCUGAGCCUACCAGUCACUCAAGGCCAAUGGGAAUGGCAGAAGUCAACAGUUAUCGCAACACUACUUCUCGAUUUCGUCCAAAUAAACAGCAUCUCACUUUUGCCUGCUUUCA